AUGGCUGCAACACCUCCACCCGGUGCUCUGCCUACUGAUGCUGGAGGUGGUACUCCUCCACCAACUGAUGCUGGAGGUACUCCUCCACCAACUGACGCUGGAGGUGUUCCUCCACCCGUUGCGACGCCUACUGAUGCUGGAGGUGGUGUUCCUCCGUCUACUGAUACUGGAGGUGGUGUUCCUCCACCCGUUGCGACGCCUACUGAUGCUGGAGGUGGUGCUCCUCCACCGCCUACUGAUACUGGAGGUGGUAUUCCAAAUGCUACCCCAACAGACGCUACCCCACUACCAACAGACGCUACCCCACUACCAACAGACGCUACCCCAACAGACGCUACCCCAACAGACGCUACCCCAACAGAUUCAGCAUCAAUUACAGACUCGUUGACUGACACAUUAUCGACACUGACUACAUCGACUGCCUCAAUUGAACCAACAUCUACUCAAACACCGAAUUCGCCUAAACAUUCUAAAACGUCUACAGGAUUAAUUGCAGCAAUAUCUGGAGUUGCCGUUGCCGCUGCUAUUGUAUUAUUAGUUUUGGGAAUCUGGUUUUGUCGUAGACGUAAAUACAAGACAUAUCGACGACCUGCUACGCGUACUGAAACAAAAGAUGCACAGAUUGGCUAUAUUUUAAGAGGCGAAGGUAAUGUAAAUCCUUUCAUACCCAGUGAUAGCAUGACCCCCCCAGUAGGAGGAAUAACGAGAGGAGAAGAUCAGAGAUCGUCAAUUUCAACAAACAAUGCAGGACAUUCAGUAGCUGACAGUAUUGCAGAAGUUCCUGCAACAUCAACAGACUCGCGUCGUGCAUCGAUUGUGGUUCCUACACCGAUUACUAGGGUUGAUAUUCGAAAGUUGGACGCUGCAUUAAAUACGAUACAGGGGAGGGAUCCAUUUGGCGAUCCGAUACAACAGAGCACUGAAGGUUCGACUUCGGUAAGAAGCAGCCCCGCCAACUCUGUUGGGAAUUACGGAGCAUACUAUACCUCGACUCCACCGCUGAACCAAGGAGGUUCAAAUGAGGGUGUUCCUUCGUCAUUGAACAACAACGGCUCUAGUUUUCGACCAAUGGAGACUGCUCAUGUCCAAGAUUCUGGAUCUGUCGGUUCUCGGUCAUCAUUACAGAGUACAGGCAAUUACGGAGGAACGGACGGACGUUCUCGAGCGCUUCGUCAGCAACAACUGGGACAAUCCGGGGGUUCUUUUGAUCUGGGUCAUCAUCGUGGUAAUGAUUCUGUUUCGUCGACUUCUGGACAGUCUACCGACGACAGAGUAAAAGAACUACUAUUACAGCGCGGGUUCCUUUAA